AGCCUGGAGGGCGGCGAUGGCGGCGGAGCGGCGGCGCCGGGCGGGCGGCGGCCUGGGCGGGCUCCUGCUCCGGAUACGUGAAGAAGGAAAGGACAGUAUCCCCGAACAUCCCUAUCUCUAUGAGACUGACGUAGAGAUCUCACUGGUUGCUGGUAGUUACAAAAGUCCUGUUGAAAAAUUUUGGAAUGGAAGCAGUGCAAUGUACAUUUUGCAGAAAGCCACACACAACGAAGAAAGUGACUCCUUGGAGGAAUCAAGAGCAGAUGAUGCUGUUUAUGCCUCUGAGGUUUUGCCAAAGCAGAAUCCUGGGGCACUGGCUCUUUCUGUUGGAAGAGCAAAGCAGUUGAUUUCCUUGUACACAAUGGUGCAAAACCCAAACAUGACCUCCCUGGGGACGAGUGACCCGGUUGUGCUUCCUCCCCUCUGGGCCAGGUGUGAUGGUUCUGAUCCUCAGCACACCUGCUGGAUUGGAGCUGAGCCUCUCAAGGCUGGAAACAAAGUCACAGGGCUCAAUAUUUACCUGGUUUCAUGUGAUGGUCCUACAGCUGAUAAAACCUGUUUUCCAAAACUGGAAGAGCUCAAAAUGGAACAUAAAAUAAGACAUCAUUCCUCUGUUGUGACAACAAAAGGAUUUGCUCAGUAUGAGCUGGUUGGAGCUGCUGCAAUAGAGGACACCAUUGCAGAAUCUGGAAGCAGCAUCUCUGUGGAUAUCACAUGGAAUGGUGUGGAAAAGAUUCUGGAGACUCCCCCACUGAUCUCUGCUGCCACCCUGAAUAUUGCCCUGGAGUCAGGGGACCCCAGAAGUCCUGUGUUCCAGCUGUACCGAGAGCUGCAGUUCCUCUUGGUUUUGGCUGAAGGUCUGAAAACAGAUGUGACUGAGUGGCCUGAGCCAUCAGAGUCUGAAUCAGCUCUUAAACUGGUCCAAGAAUUUCUGACUGAUUUAAAGAAGAAGCUGGAUGGAGAUUAUAUAUUUGAAAACAAGAAUGAAACAGAGAAAAUCAAAAGUGACACAGCUGCUGUGGACAGUUGCAUAAAAGCAAUCUUUGGUGAGCGAGGAGACCUGGAUUUUACUGAGCAAUUAUGGUGCAAAAUGAAAACUGUCAGUUCCCAUCAGGAGUUAAUAGACUGUUUCACACUGGUCAUAAAAUCUCUGGAACGUGGUGAGAUACAGCCAUGGAUUCAUCAGGGGAGUAGCAGUUUCUUAAGUCAAUUGAUCCAGCAGUCCUACCAUGGAAAGAUGGAGGAUGUUUCCCUCAGUGACAUCACUCCCAUUCAGAUGCUCCUGGAGCUUGGCUUGGAGAAGCUGAAGAAGGAUUAUGUCAGUUUUUUCAUAGGCCAGGAACUUGCAACAGUAACCUACUUGGAUUACUUCAUCUCCACAUCAGUGAAUCUCCAGGAACAAGUCCACCGUGUUCAAAAGCUUCACCAUAUGCUGGAAAUAAUGGUCAGCUGUACAGGCUUACUGCAGUUCAGACAUGAGAACCUCUUCCCUUUGACACAGAUUUGCAUGAAGUAUUACAAGGAAAACCCUCUGAAUGAGAAGCAUGUGUUUCAGCUGCCCAUCAGACCAGCUCUUGUGAAGAAAUUCUAUGAACAUGAUAACCCUGAAGUCUGGAAGGUGGAGAUAAGCAGUGGGCAUGGACAGAAGGAGGUUAAAACAACGUGGCAAGUCAGUACCAAUGCUCCUGUUGAACACGGGACAUCAAACAAUUCAGGUUUCUUGUCGGACUCCACAGUAAAUGGAAGCAGUGAAGAAAGGCUGUAUUUUAUUACCAUGACUCAGUGCAGUCAGUUGCAGUUCACUUAAGUUGAUGUUACUGAGCAAGCAGGACUGGAAAGGUACAGGAAGGAGGAAAAUUCGGUGUUUUCUGUCUUAACAGAACCUUUAGAAACUCUGGGCUUCAAACAGUUAAUCUUCACUGAUUUAUUUGCUUUAUUACACUUAAGUGGGACCUCAUUUGUUAAAAAUGCAGUGCAAUUAUGACUGUACAGUAUAAAUAUUUUGUAAAUAUGGUGGAUAUUUUUCAUAUAUUUACAGACAUUCAACAAAGUUGUGCACUUUGGGGUUUCAUAUUUUAUUUUCUGAUCAUUAAAAAUGCAAUCAAACACUG